UCGUGGCAAUAAAAGAGCUUGCGGCGCCGAGCCCUGCAGCUUAUAUAGCUUGGACGGACAACAAGCUCGGGGCAAGGAGGAGGAGGAGGCGGAGGGCGCCGUGUCCUUUGUGCACAGGGCUGCAACAGGAGCUUGUCCACCUGGGAGCAACAGAGAUUGCGCACACAGAUGGGUUCCCUCACAGACGAAGAGGUAGCUGAUUCUGAGAGUCAGGUGACUCCCUUUGCUAAAGCUGGGGUUUUCAGCAAGAUGUCAUUUUGGUGGUUGAAUCCUCUAAUGAAGAUGGGCUACAAGAAACCCCUUGAGGACAAAGACAUGCCACUUCUAGGCGCCACAGAUCGAGCAUGCAACCAGUACUCGAUGUUCAUGGAGAAGCUGAAUGGAAAGAAGCAGUCGUCGUCACACGCCACACCAUCAUUCUUCUGGACUAUUGUUUCCUGUCACAGGCGUGCCAUCUUGGUCUCGGGUUUCUUUGCUUUGCUCAGGGUUCUUGCCGUAUCAACGGGCCCAAUUAUUCUCAAGGCAUUCAUCAAUGUAUCACUUGGGAAAGGGACCUUUAAACACGAAGGUUAUGUGCUUGCUGCGUUACUGUUCAUUUGCAAAUGCUGUGAAUCUUUGUCACAGAGACAGUGGUAUUUCCGCACUCGGAGAUUAGGACUGCAGGUGAGGUCACUCCUGUCGGCAGCUAUUUAUAAGAAACAACAAAAGCUAUCAAAUGCAGCAAAAGUGAAGCACUCCUCUGGAAACAUUAUAAACUAUGUGACUGUCGAUGCAUAUCGGAUUGGAGAAUCCCCAUACUGGUUCCAUCAAACAUGGACAACAAGUGUUCAGCUUUGCAUUGCUCUGGCAAUUCUAUACAAUGCGGUUGGUGCUGCAAUGAUUUCAUCUUUGGUUGUCAUCAUUCUGACCGUACUGUGCAACGUUCCAUUGGCUAGACUGCAACACAAAUGCAAGACUAAACUUAUGGAAGCACAAGAUGUGAGAUUGAAAGCCAUGUCUGAGUCAUUGGUUCAUAUGAAGAUCUUGAAACUGUAUGCUUGGGAAGUUCACUUCAAGAAGGUCAUCGAGGGGCUGAGAAAGGUUGAGUACAAGUUGUUGUCAGCAUUUCAGCUUAUGAGGGCAUACAACACUUUCAUGUUCUGGUCUUCACCUGUUUUGGUUUCGGCAGCGACCUUUCUGACAUGCUAUCUUUUGAAAAUCCCUCUUGAUGCUAGCAAUGUCUUCACCUUUGUGGCAACUCUACGUCUUGUGCAAGAACCAAUAAGGUUAGUACCAGAAGUUAUUGCAGUUGUGAUACAAGCUAAGGUUGCGUUCACUCGGAUAUCAAAGUUCCUUGAUGCACCUGAGCUAAACGGGCAAGUUAGGAAAAAAUACUUUGUUGGCAUUGAUUACCCUAUAGAGAUGAAUCUGUGUAGCUUCUCGUGGGACGAGAACACAUCAAAACCAACUCUAAAUAAUAUAAAUCUGAUUGUCAAAGGUGGAGAAAAGAUUGCGAUUUGUGGAGAGGUAGGAUCAGGAAAGUCGACGCUUUUGGCUGCUGUACUCGGAGAGGUACCAAAAACUGAAGGCAUGAUCCAAGUCUGCGGGAAGAUAGCAUAUAUUUCUCAGAAUGCAUGGAUCCAAUCAGGAACUGUGCGAGACAAUAUUCUCUUUGGAUCGUCGAUGGAUGAGGAAAGAUACCACAACACACUCAUGAGGUGUUCGUUGGUCAAGGAUCUUGAAAUGUUGCCAUAUGGAGAUUGCACUCAAAUUGGGGAGAGAGGAGUAAAUCUUAGUGGUGGUCAGAAGCAGCGCGUCCAGCUUGCUCGUGCACUAUACCAAAAUGCAGACAUCUAUCUUCUUGAUGACCCUUUCAGUGCUGUUGAUGCCCAUACAGCCACAAGUCUUUUCAAUGAAUAUGUCAUGAGUGCACUAUCAGAGAAGACUGUUCUUUUGGUGACGCACCAAGUGGAUUUUCUACCCAUAUUUGACUCCAUUUUGUUUAUGUCACAUGGAGAGGUUAUUCGGUCUGCACCUUAUCAAGACCUAUUGGUAGAUUGUGAAGAAUUUGAAGACCUUGUAAGUGCCCAUAAAGAUAUUAUUGGAGUUUCGGAUCUUAAUAACAGCAAACCCACUCAAAGACCUAAGGAAGUAUCAAUAAAGGAGACACUUGAUAUUCAUCGAAGUAGAUAUACAGAGUCUGGGAAGCUAUCGCCGGCAGAUCAACUGAUCAAGAAAGAGGAAAGAGAAACAGGGGAUGCAGGUGUUAAGCCUUAUAUGCUUUACCUGCGCCAGAACAAAGGCCUCCUGUAUUUCUCGUUGUCAAUGAUUUCCCACACAUUUUUUGUAGCUGGGCAAAUAUUACAGAAUUGGUGGAUGGCUGCUAAUGUUCAGAAUCCUCAUGUUAGUGCGCUGAAGUUAAUUUCCGUGUACAUUAUUACCGGAGUUUGCACAAUGUUCUUCUUGCUAUCAAGAUAUUUGCUGGUCGUGGUUCUUGGGAUCCAGACAUCAAGAUCCAUAUUUUCCCAGUUGCUCAAUUCAUUGUUCCAUGCACCAAUGUCCUUUUUUGACUCUACUCCUCUAGGAAGGGUUCUUAGCCGGGUCUCUUCAGAUUUGAGUAUCAUUGACCUUGAUUUUCCAUUUGCCUUUGCGCUUAGCCUUGGUGGCAGCCUAAUUGCAUAUAGCAAUCUAGGGGUAUUGGUUGUUAUUAUGUGGCAAGUUCUGUUCAUAGCCGUACCAAUGAUAGUUUUGGCAAUUUGGUUGCAGAGGUACUAUCUUGCCUCGGCCAAGGAAUUGAUGCGGAUCAAUGGUACUACCAAGUCUGCUCUAGCAAAUCACUUGGGUGAAUCGAUUUCAGGGGCUAUAACAAUCAGGGCCUUUGAGGAAGAAGAUCGUUUCUUUGCUAAAAAUUUGGAUCUUGUUGACAUGAAUGCUAGUCCAUAUUUCUAUAAUUUUGCAGCAACUGAAUGGUUGAUUCAACGUCUGGAGAUAAUGAGCGCCGCAGUUCUUUCUUUUUCUGCCUUUGUCAUGGCCCUUCUUCCUCAAGGAACCUUUAGCCCCGGUUUUGUGGGAAUGGCAUUGUCCUAUGGUCUUUCCUUAAACAUUAUGUUUGUUGCCUCUGUUCAAUUCCAAUGCAACCUUGGGAAUCAAAUAAUAUCAGUCGAACGGGUGAACCAGUACAUGGACAUACAAAGUGAAGCAACAGAAGUUGUUGAAGAAAAUCGACCGUUACCAGAUUGGCCCCAAAAUGGCAAUGUGGAGAUUAGGGAUUUGAAGAUCAGGUAUAGGAUAGAUCUUCCACUUGUACUACAUGGAAUCACUUGCAAGUUUGAAGGUGGAGAUAAGAUUGGUAUAGUUGGCCGAACAGGAAGUGGGAAGACAACCUUAAUUGGUGCAUUGUUUCGUCUUGUUGAACCUGCCGAAGGGAAAGUAAUUAUUGACUCUGUGGAUAUCACUAUGAUAGGCUUACAUGAUCUGCGUUCACGUUUGGGUAUCAUUCCACAAGAUCCUACACUUUUUCAGGGCACAAUAAGAUACAAUCUAGAUCCUCUUGGGCAAUUCUUAGAUGAACAAAUAUGGGAGGUUCUUGACAAAUGUCAACUUCUUGAAGCUGUCCGGGAGAAGGAACAUGGAUUGGAUUCACAUGUUGUGCAAGACGGGUCGAACUGGAGUAUGGGCCAAAGGCAGCUCUUCUGUCUGGGACGCGCACUUCUGAGAAGAUGCCGCAUCUUGGUUCUUGAUGAAGCGACAGCCUCUAUAGACAAUGCAACAGAUGCUAUCCUUCAGAAAACGAUCCGAACAGAAUUCAAAUAUUCCACUGUUAUUACAGUGGCCCACCGUAUACCAACAGUUAUGGACUGCGAUAUGGUACUUGCAAUGAGCGACGGGAAAGCAGUGGAGUAUGACAAACCUACAAAGCUCAUGGAAACUGAAGGAUCUCUCUUUUGCAAGCUGGUCGAGGAGUACCGGUCACACACAUCGAACACAGAUAUUUAGAAGAGACUGCAGAUUUUGAUUGCUCACUUGAUAAAUCAGCUCUUAGGAAAAAGUGUUAUGCCUGAAGAUAUACAAUAAUCCCUGAAUUGAUCUCUGGUCAAUGAGUAUUGGUCAGUUUCCUGAAAAUUUCGUUUGAUAUCUAUUGCUACCAGAAAUUCUGUGCAAUACGCUGGACUGGUGAAGCUGAACAGAGUAAAUCCCUGAAGAUUUCUCCUUGCUCCAGUAAUAAAAUAUAGAACGCUAAAUUGGAGGGACUUCAAAUCUGCAACCUCUGCCUGCGAUACGAGUUUCAGAUACGUGUUUGGUCAAGUCCUUUGUCGACUAGAUAGUGCAUUCACUUCCUCAUCAUUUACAGCAGCUUAGCAAGCUUGUGCUGAAUGCGUCGACUUUAUACAUGAGGUUUCAGGCUAUGCAAUGUAAAUAUAUCUGAUUGGUUUCAGUUGUCGAUGUAUUUCUCCAACGGAAAGCACCUUGCCUAUUUAUAUUGCGAUGCAUAUCCGGAGUAUUUGCUUUUGUUUGUACACUGGAGACAGAGCACUGUGAUCUGUUUGAGAAAGAAACUUGGGAGGAAAGGAUGCCAUUGUAUA